AUGGUGGCGAGACACUAUAUCACAGUUGCACUGUUCCUUUCACCUCUGUUGCUGUUUCCCAGUGCCAUUUCAUGGACAAAGCUGCCUGAGAAUGGCCGUGGCGUAAAUGUUACAUGCAUACAGGAGAAGUGCCUCGAAGAAUACACCUCUUGCGCCAAAACCAAAUUAUGUGAAGAUGCCUUUCAGUGUUUUUGUAACAAGAGCGUAACGCAGUGUAUGUACGAUGCAUUGUGGGACUUGAGGUGCUUUCAGUACUAUAAUGACGACGUUUUGUACCGCUUGGCGGCAUGUGCUGUGACUAGGGAAGGUUGCAUCACGCCCAACCCACCGAUGCCCGAAUACAAGUGCAAGAAACCUACCAAUCUGUACCCGAAAUUUGACAUUCGAACGCUCGCUGACACUUGGUUCGUAUACCGCGGCUAUCCUGCGGGGUACCAUAUCCCUGUGCCUCCGGUCGAUUGCUACGACUGCCAGAGCUACACGUUUAGUUAUGACCUUUACAAUACGACGGCGUGCCAGGGUAAGAAGCAGUACAGUGUCAACAUUAGAGCCGACCUGCAGCGUAACUUCACCUACAAAUCCUUAUUCGUCGUUAAAUCACCGACAGGGAAUAUCAUUCAAAGCACUGGGACUGAAUUUGGACUUUUUCGCUCCGACGAGUUUCGUAUUUUGGACUACUACUACUGGGGAUCGGCGACAGGGUAUGUCUUGGCUUAUUAUUGCGGGACCUUUGGCUUCUGGCCAACUGAAGGAGUGAUUAUGCUAAUCAGACCUUGGCUCUUCCACCUGCCUCCCGACGUAAUCAAGAGAGCUGAGCAAGCCGCGGCGAGUAAUGGAUAUGACUUGAGUAAAUUCUGCACUCCCAACAACAAGCCGUAUGCCACAUGCUAUAGGACAUAA